AUGACAAGGCUGUCUUUCAAACAAGCUUUGCAGAUUAAGGAUCAGCUGGGCCUCCACAUGUGGAUAUUAGACCCCAGGCAUUUUCUUGAAAGAAAAUACACAUUCCAAAACUUCGAGGAUACUUGGGCAUUUUUGACGAAAGUUGCUCUUAGAUCACAUAUCAGUGGUCAUCACCCUAAGAUCACUACGCUUUAUAAUAAAGUCACUAUCCAACUUACUACUCAUGAUGUUCAAGGCCUUACACAACAGGACUUUAAAUUUGCUGAAAGAUUUGAAAGCUAUGCAAAUAGGAUAGGGCUCAAAAAUAUCAGUUGA